ACGGGCGACCUGGAUUUGGAUUGGAUCACUCUUCGGGAGAUGGUGAACGCACCCACUCCUUCCCCCGGAGGAGGGCCGGGUGGAAAAUCUUUGGUUUCGUUUUGUUUCUGUUCCGCCGGCUUCUCAGCCGGCACCCACAAAACCACAAAAAGAGUGCAUUCCUAUUCCUUCUCCAGGUCUUCAGAGGAUCGAGAGAGCCGUGAGCGGGCAUUCAUCUGCUCAUCCUCCCUCUCCUCCAUCGCCAGCGGGGGUUCUGAGGAGUCCGAGCUCUCCACUGCGGAGACCGGACCACCAGCACCCUCAGCGGUCUCAGGUCAGUGUCACAACACACACACACACUGUAGUUGCGUGCGCUCUUACGGCGCGCGCACCGGUAGUCUCACCUGUUCCGCUCGUCUGCCCCACCGCGAGCUCUCCGGUUGUGCCGUUAAUUCCCCUCGCAUGGUCUCUGGAAGCUUGGCUUCAGCUUACCAACCCGUCUCGAUGGGUAUUGCGCACAAUCCGCCUCGGUUACAAAAUUCAAUUCAACCAGCACACACCCAAAUUCUCGGGCAUUCGUUUCACUACAGUGAAAGCGUCCGAUGCACAUGUACUGCGUGCAGAACUCGAUGUCCUCCUGGCAAAGGACGCGAUCGAACCGGUCCCUCCAACCGAGAUGAGCUCAGGGUUUUACAGCUCGUAUUUCAUAGUUCCAAAGAAGGGCGGUGGGUUACGACCGAUCUUGGAUUUGCGCGUUCUGAACCGAUCUCUCCAAAAACGAUCCUUCAGAAUGAUAACGCCGAAACUGAUAUUUCAGUCAAUACGCCCCCAAGAUUGGUUUGCAGCAAUAGAUCUGAAAGACACGUACUUUCAUGUGUCCAUUCUCCCUCGCCACAGACCGUUUCUGCGCUUUGCGUUCGAGGGGUGGGCAUACCAAUACAAAGUACUACCGUUCGGGCUGUCUCUCUCUCCCCGUGUAUUUACGAAAGUAGUGGAAGCGGCGUUAAAGCCCCUGAGAGAGAGCGGUGUUCGCAUUUUGGCUUACCUCGACGAUUGGCUUAUAAUAGCGCAUUCUCGACGGACGCUUUGCGAGCACAGAGACUUAACACUUCGGCAUCUCGCCCGUCUGGGUCUUCGGGUCAACUGGGAAAAGAGCAAACUUUGCCCUACGCAGAGGAUCUCUUUUCUCGGGAUGGAACUGGACUCGAUCGAUUUAUUGGCACGUUUAACAGAAGCGCGCGUCCAAUCAAUUCUGACUUGCCUUGGUUCUUUCCGAGGGAAGAACGCGGUCCCUCUCAAACAAUUUCAGAAGCUCCUGGGAAAUAUGGCAGCAGCCGUGACACCGCUCGGGCUGCUCCAUAUGAGACCGCUUCAGCGUUGGCUUCACGAUCGAGUCCCGAGGAGAGCGUGGCGCGCCGGCAUUCACCGUGUAACCAUUACACCUGCGUGUCGUCUAACAUUCACCCCGUGGUUAGACCCUGCGUUUCUGAGAGCAGGGGUUUCCAUGAGACAGAUUUAUUGGCAUGCUGUUGUACACACAGAUGCAUCCAACACGGGUGGGGAGCCACGUACAACGGGCUUGCAGCUUCGGGGGUGUGGACAGCACCCCAGCUGCACUGGCAAAUCAAUUGCCGCGAGUUGUGGGCUGUAUAUCUGGGACUUCUACGCUUUGCUACGGAGCUGCGAGGGAAGGAUGUACUGGUACGCACCGACAACACUGCGACCGUUGCGUAUAUCAACCGUCAAGGCGGUUUGCGCUCUCGUCACAUGUCGCAUCUCGCCCGUCAUCUCCUCCUUUGGAGUCAGAAGCAUCUGAGGUCCCUUCGUGCCAUUCACAUUCCUGGAUCGCUCAAUACAGUGGCAGACGCGCUUUCCCGAGCUGCGCGCCCCAGAGAAUGGCGAAUCCACCCCCAGACGGUACAGCUAAUUUGGAAGAAGUUUGGUCGUGCGCAGAUAGAUCUAUUUGCGUCCCCGGAUGAUACCCACUGUCGCCUGUUUUAUUCACUAACCGAGGGCAGCCUCGGCGUGGAUGCGCUGACACACAGCUGGCCGCGGGGGAUGCGCAAAUAUGCGUUUCCACCAGUGAGUUUAAUCGCACAGACGCUGUGCAAAGUCAGGCAGGACGAGGAGAGCCUUCUACUGGUCGCUCCUUACUGGACGACCAGGAAUUGGUUUCCAGAACUAAUGCUCCUCGCGACAGCCCCUCCCUGGCGGAUUCCCCUGAGGAAGGACCUUCUUUCUCAAGGAGGGGGCACAUUAUGGCACCCGCGCCCCGACCUGUGGGAUCUCCACGUAUGGUCGUUGAGCGCGCACAAGGUUUAGGUGAUUUAUCGCAAGCGAUAUCUAACACCAUCGCCGCGGCUCGAGCUCCGUCCACAAGACGGGCUUACGUGCUUAAAUGGAACCUUUUCGUCGAUUGGUGCUCUUCGCAACGCAAGGACCCCCGAGAAUGCCCCAUUAAUAUUGUGCUUUCAUACCUUCAAUGCCGGUUAGAUGGUAGGCUGUCACCCUCCACCAUUAAAGUUGAUAUCGCUGCUAUUUCUGCUCAUCACUCACUUAUUAACGGCAGAUCAGUCGGCCAGCACGACUUAGUUAUUAGGUUUUUAAGAGGCGCUCGUAGGCUAAACCCCUCGCGCCCUCCCUCUAUUCCUCCUUGGGACCUGUCCAUGGUGCUGAAAGCCCUGUGGGAAAACCCAUUCGAGCCUUUGCAGCCUGUGAGUCUGAAGUUUUUAUCAAUGAAAACUCUGACCCUACUCGCAUUGGCCUCUGUUAAGAGGGUAGGUGACCUUCAUGCAUUCUCUAUCGGCGAUUCGUGCCUUCAGUUUGGCCCUGCUGUCUUGAGUGUUACAUUGAGACCCAGACCAGGCUACGUGCCCAAAGUUCCCACCACUCCCUUCAGAGAUCAGGUGGUGAGCUUGCAAGCUUUGCCCGCGGAGGCGGCAGACCCGACCAUGGCUUUAUUAUGCCCUGUACGAGCGUUACGCAUCUACGUGGAUCGCACACAAAGCCUUAGGACCUCAGAUCAGCUCUUUGUUUGUUACGGUGGUCAGCAGAGAGGGAAAGCUGUCACUAAGCAGAGGAUGUCUCAUUGGAUAGUUGAUACUAUCGCCCUUGCUUAUAAUCUGCAGGGCAUUCCUUGUCCAUUUAAUUUGAGAGCUCACUCUACUAGAAGUGUUGCCUCAUCUUGGGCACUCGCUCGUGGUUCCUCGCUAACAGACAUCUGCAGAGUGAAGAAGUUUUAUUUUAAUCCCAAUCUACAUUAAUAUGAUGAAUAUGAGUUUACCAUUAUAAUCAAAUGCAAUUUGUUUACAGUUCAAAAGCCAUCUGUGUGGUGCAUCAUGAGUUUACUAAUAUAAUCCAACUAUGCAGUAGUCUAAAGAACCAUCUGGACCAGCUGGGUGUAUUCAGGUUUCAAGGUAGUUUAAAGAGCCAUCUGGACAGGCAGGCACAAAGGGUUUUAGUAUUAGCAAACAGCCAAGGGUCAAAUAGGUCAUGGGACCAAGACACUGGUCUGAGGAAUGUCAUGUGGGUCUUGCCUGAACAGAAACAUAUUGUUUUAACUAUGAGGGGAGGGAACAAAGACCAUAUAUAUUUACCAAGCCCGUGCUCACGGACUUCAGACUGGUUUGAAGAUUGCUCCCAGGCCGGCCUGACUGGUCCUGGGAGAUUCAUCAGGCAGGCUCGGCUUAUUAUUUUGUCCGGAAAAUAAAAGUCUAUCUCUUGAAAUCAGAACCUAAGACUGAAGAUUGUUUAAUUUGAGGAAAAGGAAAACCACAACAUUUGGUGCCGGAACCCGGGAUAGAAAAAAGCUGGACAGUCGCACCACCUGAGCAGAUCUGACGAGCAACACAAACAACGUAUGGCCAUAAGGUAAGCACUUUUUGCUUAUUAAAUUAGGUUUGUGUUGUUUGCCAGACUUUGCUCAACGUGGUGAGAAAUUUAAGCUCUUCUAAAUUUAAGAACCAUACAUGUUAACUAGGUUUUGAUUUCAAGGGUACAAUCUAAUUAAGGCAUGCAUGCAUGAAUCUGUGUUAAUUACUUUGGCUUUGAGGAUCAAGGUGAAUUGAAACAGAUUUUAAGUUAAGAGAACGCGUAAGAGUUUUGUAUGCAAGGUUGCAUAUGCUGCGUCUAUCGGGGAAAAGGAUGACGUAGAGGUUUAAGUAAAAGAGAUCGCGUAAGAGUUUUGUAUGCAAGGUUGCAUAUGCUGCGUCUAUCGGGGAAAAGGAUGACGUAGAGGUUUAAGUAAAAGAGAACGCGUAAGAGUUUUGUAUGCAAGGUUGCAUAUGCUGCGUCUAUCGGGGAAAAGGAUGACGUAGAGGUUUAAGUUAAGAGAACGGAUAAAAGUUUAAAUCGUUAUGUGAAUUAACGAUUGGUUAUUUGUUGAAUGAUUUGUGUUUGAGUGUGUAUGUAUGCAGCUGCAUAAUGUGUGUUAGUGAGAGAAAUGUGAACGUGAAUCUGGUAAACCAGGGAGAGGCUUUCCCUUGGGCAGUUGGGCUGUUAAGGGGGGUAUAUCCUGUGAGUAUAGGGUAAAUUACUAUGUUAGAGUGUGGAAGAAUGAGCCCUAAAAAAAUAAAUAAAUAAAUGCUAAUGGGUUAUGGGUUAACAAUUUGGUUUAUCUGUUAUCAAACAUACAUUUGAAAUGUAAGGUUUGGUAAAAAUAAUUGACACCAGAUGGGACAUCAAAAGGAGCACAGAACCUGAGACCACAGCUGGCUUUCUCAAUGGACAAUGCAAUCAGGUGGCCACCUACAGAGAUGAGCAGUUUUGCUUGUUAAAAGAUUGUAUUGUUCACCUGAGAUGGCUCGGGGUGGUCAAAUCACAAAUGCUCUUCCAAAUUUAAGAAUAAAAAGGGGAAAUUAAAGAUUACUAGAUUAAUGAUAAGAAUAAAGGGUUUCAUUUUCGAGAGGAAUGUGUGCUAGGACAAAUGAUGGUUUAUGGUGUGAAUGAGUUUUAUUUUUGUCGUUGAGUGGCUUGGAUAAAGAGUUAAUGUUAAGUUGAGAAAAUGCCUAAGAAGUUUCGCGAACCUGAGUGUUACCGUGUCGGGGCAGACACGUUGGGGUUCGGAGAAAAGAGUUAUUAAGUCCUGCAGGUCAGGUACGGUCUAUGUGUUAUUUGUCUUGUUGUUUUGGAAGGCCCGGGCUGAUGAGAGAUAUUGUUUUUGUUUUAUUUGUCAUGUCGGAUUGGUAAAUUGUGUAAGUGAAUCUUUUCCACGUUGAAGGAAGUGUAGUGGAAAGAUGAACUUGGACAGGUAGUCUAGAUAGAGUUGUUUUAUUUUAUUUGUGUGAGAAUGUAAUGUGUCUGUGAUAAAGAGUCUGUGUGUGAAUGUAUGAGAUGGAAAGAGUGGGGGCUGAGUGAGCAGUGGGUGUGUCUUUCUCCUGUGGCUCUAAAGAGGCCACAGAGAGGUGUUGUGUUACAGGGGUGAAGAUUGUUUAAAACUAUAAAAAAAAGGAGAUAAAGUUUGAAAAUAUGAGUAAGAGUAUGAAUAAGAGACAGUUAUAAAUGCUGGGUAUUAAAGAUUAGAUUUGAAGACAUUGUGGUUCUGAGGUAUUGUAGCCAAAAAUAUUAGUUAUUACAGUGAAGUAUAAAGUUAAUUCUAGAAAUUAAAUAAUUUGUUUAAAUGAUUGAUUAAAAUAAAAAAUUGUGCUCAAUAGGAAAAGAUUGCUUGUCCAAAAAAGGACAGAUGUUGGUGAUGGUAUUUGAUUCUAUUUGACAAAACACUACAAAAUAUUAUAAAGGAAAUUUUAUUUUAAAGACACAUUGGAAAUCUAAGUAACAAUUUGGGGAAUAUAUAAAUUGGAUAAAUAAAAACAAUAAGUUUGUGAAGUGGUUAAAUGAGAAAUAAUUAUAAAAUAUAAGGUGUGUUGUAUUGCAAAGAAAAGAUUAUGGCAGUCACAUUAAUGGAAAAAUAAGGAUUAAACAAUUGUUGUGUGGAGAAUUAGAAAAUAAAAUAAUUGGAGUUCAAAUGAGGAAACAUUUGAUGUGGCAUUGUGUGAGGAGAAAUGCAAUUAAAUAAAAAUAUAAACUAAUGAAAGAUAAGAGGAGAUAAUUAACAGACAAAGAAAUGCUCAAAGGGAGAAGGAGAGAAAGAGAGAGAGAGAGAGAAAGGGAGGGGGAAGGUCAACUCCCAUAGCUCGAGGGAAUUGUGAGAUUAAAAUCUAGCAGGAAGACAGAAGUAAAGCUUUGAAAGAAAAACAACAAAUUAGAGAGAGAAAAAAAAGAGAGACCAAGUUAUUAAAGGUGGAAAUAAAGAGGAAAAUAAAAAGGUCAGAAAAUUAUUAAAAGGUGAAUGACACAGAUAAAUUUUACAAAGAUAAAUUAUUACAAAAUGAAGAGGAGUCUUCAUCUGAUGAUGGAAGGUGGUCACAAAAUAAAUUUUAUUUUAAAUCAAAAGGCAAUAUUUUGCAUGGGUCAAGCUGAAACAUUGAGGGGCUGAUCAUUCCCAUCCUUUGACAUUCAAGAAAAGUGAAUAAAAGCUGGCAAGAAACAGACAAUGAAAAACUGUGUGCAACAAAGUGUUGGAGGAGCAAAGAGGACUAUAUGAAGCAGUGAAGGGGGGCACUGCGCUGACAAUUACAAAGACAAACACCAAAAAGACUGAGUGGAAUCCAGAAGGAGACCCACAAAGACAAUAAUGUUCUUGGAGACAAGAGAACAACUGGACUAUACUUUUUCUUCUUCAUACAAGCCUUUGAGUGAAAGAGGGGAAGAGUGAAAGCAGCCGUCCAAUGUUUAGUUUGUAAUUAUAGGGACACAAACAAUCUUUAGGGGAAAAUCAGCUAGUCAAAUUUAAAGGCUGAUCAAGAAUUUAUGUUGUUAGGUGUGACUACCUUUUCUGAAAUCAAAUCAGACUCCUAUUAAUCUGACAGGAAGAAAUGCAUAAUGAAAAUUGGGGGGGUUUGAAUUUGGUAUUCUAACGAGGAAGUUAGAACUCCAAUGAUGGUACUAAGCUAAAAAGCAAAUAUAAAUGGCAUAGAACAGCUAUGGCAGAAAGGAAAAUAAAAUAGAUAAAAGAAAUAAAUUGAAAAAACACCAUAGGAUACUAUAAAAGGUAAACAAGAAAAAGCUGUGAGAAUAGAAAAAAGAAAUAACUAAUUAUUGUAACAAACAUACGAUUUAAGGAAAUAAAUCUAAAUUGUAUCUAGUCACGAUUUAAGAGCAAUUAAUGACAAGAAAAGAUUGAUGAUCCAAAAAAUUACAGACUUUGCUUACAAGUGUUUCCUCAUUUGAUAAACAUUUUUACUGUGAAUUAUGAUUUGCAUAAGAAGUAGAUACAUUUACGUAUUUAAUUAUAAGGGAAAAUAUUAUACAGGUUUAGAAUGGAUGAACUACUAUUACAACAUGCGGAAAGUUAAUUUGGUUGAUUAAUGCUAAAAAGUUGAUAAAAUGAUUGGUUGUUAUUGAGUUAUAGGGACACAGGAGAACAGUUGAUUUGCCAGCAUGGACAAACAGAUGUGGAAGCUAAAAAGGGCCUCAGAGUGUCAGGAGAUCUUUUUAGAUUGUAUAAGAAGUGAGAAAUCUCAGUCAUAAAUAUUAUUAUCAUAGAUGUACAUGGGGCGAAUAAGUGGAAGGAAAAUGAAUUAUUUGAUUCAUGAGAAGAAUAAAGAUUUUGAGUUGAGAUAAAAAGGGAAAAACUGAUGUGACGGGUAAGAGAGAAGAAAAAUUUGACUAUCAUCUAUAAUCACAAAGGAUGGUAGAUAAAAAGGUAUAGAAAAAGAAUAAUCAUCAAAGCCAUACUUAACAAAAUGUGUGAAAAUACUAAUCAUAGCAGAACUUAAACUAACAACCGUACACCUUUAACACUGCAUGAAAUAUUCGCCGAUAGACCUAUGCGUAUUGUAAAAACAUCUGGAAUUAAGUGUUAUAUGAACAAACUAAUUGUCUAUGUAUUGAGUUAUUUGUGUACAGAAAAAGCUGAAAGGAGUUGAGGAGGACAUGAGACAACAUGACUUGAUGAGUGCGAGAUGAUCUAGCUUAUCUGAGGUUCGAGAGGUCGGAGGAGGCCAAACACGGCCACAGGGGGCCUAACUGAAGGAUGAGACCAGCCCCAGAACGUCCAAGUGGGAGGAGCAGCCAAUGUAGCAGAGCUCGUAGGAAGGAGAGAAGGAGAAAGAAUGCCAAUGAUAUGAAAGAAGAAACAUCAAAACCAAAUCAAAGUUAAAGCAAUUCGAGUACACCGACGGAUGGAGAGCAAAGUUUUGAGCACCGAGAGGAAAAAGUGAAAAAGAGAAAUUGUCAAAAGAAAUUGAAUUGAAAAAAAACGAAGCCGAUUACUACAGAAGAUUUGCAUUGCUACAGUCAAUUAAAAAACGAAACUGAUUACUACAGAAGAUUUGCAUUGCUACAGUCAAUUAAACUUCAUGGCGAUGGACUUUUGCCUUAAACGAGGCCCAGUGAAAUAUCUGCAAUAAUUUCAAAGGAACAGACUCUGAAAGAAAGACUGAAAACAUAGAGACAUUGAACAGAGAACUUAAGGUGGACAUUUUAUGGGAAACAUCCCAAAGAUAACAAUGAUACAAAUGGGUAAUAU